CAUACUUUUUGACAGCUCGCCGCCGCUGCUCUGCGAGUGUGCUAAAAGAGGUGUUCUGGAAGCUUUCUUGAUAGCUUUAUCACAAACUCAUUGUUCAUUUAUUACAUCUGCUGCUCUUGUUGCUAAUUCUCAUACUUUAUUGACUUCUUGUUGGGACUACGGCCGAAGACAUCGAUCAAGCAUAGAGGACAGGACUCUAAACACCACACGCGUAAAUCAUUUCUGGUUACAACCAGCAUCUAGGAUUUCCAGGAAUUGAGAGGGAACUCAUUGUCAAAGUUGGAAGUGUGCACGAUCGAUCGCAGCUCCGGAGUCAACGAAGAUACCGAAUUCACCUAGUUGCAUCAGUACAUUUGGGAAUACAACACUAGUCACUGCGAAGUGCGGAGUUUCGAUCUAGACCACUCAACCGAUACUUGGACGAGCGAUACCAAGCACUCCACGAUCUGUUCAAGCAAAAUGGCAACCGUCACUUUCGCGACAUCAAAGAGGGCGUCUUGUUCAUUGACCACAGGCGGUAUUGAGACGUGCAGGCAAUGCAGCAUCAGGACUACAAAAGAUUGUCAAGCAUGUAAAGGAACGAUGAUGGUGCAGAGCGAAUGCUCGGGUUGCAGAGAUUGCAAGCAACGAACCCGGAAGGAUAGCGGUGUGGACUUCAAAGAUGUACCAAGGCCGAACGAUCGGUGAGGGACUAUGACGAAUGGUAGCAGAUGUACGAUGUGAAUGACCAUGCGUGAAUGAUCCUGGAAGACCACGA